UUAGGGACUGCGAGCGACCAGCCUGCGCCAGCACAACCCGGACCAAGGACCUCCGCGGCUGAGCGGCCACUCCGGGAGGGGCUCUGCGCGUCCCCGCCCCGCACCGCGUCACCGACGUCCCGCUAGGCUGAGACCUGCGCGCGGCGCGCCAGUGGCCGCUUUUCCGCGGACAAGCGGGCGGUGGGGGCGCCAGCAGCUCGGAAGGCGGGCACGCGGGCCAUGGCUCCCUGGGCGGAGGCCGAGCUCUCGGCGCUGAACCCGCUGCGCGCGGUGUGGCUCACGCUGACCGCCGCCUUCCUGCUCACCCUACUGCUGCAGCUCCUGCCGCCUGGCCUGCUCCCGGGCUGCGCGAUCUUUCAGGACCUGAUACGCUAUGGGAAAACGAAGUGUGGGGAGCCGCCGCGCCCCGCCGCCUGCCGCGCCUUUGAUGUCCCCAAGAGAUAUUUUUCCCACUUUUAUAUCAUCUCAGUGCUGUGGAAUGGCUUCCUGCUUUGGUGCCUUUCUCAAUCUCUGUUCCUGGGAGCACCUUUUCCAAGCUGGCUUCAUGGUUUGCUCAGAAUUCUCGGGGCGGCACAGUUCCAGGGAGGGGAGCUGGCGCUGUCUGCAUUCUUAGUGCUAGUAUUUCUGUGGCUGCACAGCAUACGAAGACUCUUCGAGUGCCUCUACGUCAGUGUCUUCUCCAAUGUCAUGAUUCACGUCGUACAGUACUGUUUUGGACUUGUCUACUAUGUCCUUGUUGGCCUAACUGUGCUAAGCCAAGUGCCAAUGGAUGGCAGGAAUGCCUACGUAACAGGGAAAAAUGUACUGAUGCAAGCACGGUGGUUCCAUAUUCUCGGGAUGAUGAUGUUCAUCUGGUCAUCUGCCCAUCAGUAUAAGUGCCAUGUUAUUCUCGGCAAUCUCAGGAAAAAUAAAGCAGAGGAGGUCCCAUAUUUUCAUUUUGCACUGGUCUCAGCGAAUUACAUAGCCAGCAAUGACCACAACCAGUCCUCCAUCCUUCUGCUGGGAAGUUGGAUGCUAGAGCUCUUGCAGCCACACUGGGCCAUGAAGAUAAAGGUCACCCCCUAGGAAUGAUAGAGCAGAAGGCUGGAAGGAACCUGGAUCCCUGAUCUCUGUGGAGCCACUGAACUGCCUCUAAUGAAGGAAAACAUUUCUCUCUCAUUUAUGCUGCAUGUUCUUUUCGAUUUUAUGUUAUAUUUAGUGGAGUAUAAUCCUAAUUUGAUGCAAUUGCCAACUUUUAAAAAUUAGGAAAUUUCACACAAAUAUUCAGCUCUCUGGCUUUUCUCUUGAAAAUUUGGUGCAUCUGACAAAACUUGAGGUCAUGCUUUCCAUUGCAGCAAUUGACCUGGCAGAAUACUGGAUGCCUACUUCAGACAGGGCUGGAGACCCCGCCAAUUUUUUUUCCCCUCAUUUAGACUGGGGAGUGGGGCAAGAUGGAAAAAUUGUGGAUGCCUACUUUAUAACUUUGUCUUUCUCCCUGCAUCCUUUUUAGCAAGAACAUUUCAACAUUGAUGUAGUCUACAAGGGAAGAUACUGCGAGAGGAGAAAGGAAGAAACCUUUCAGGCAUCAGUUAGGGUGGGUCUUUGGUUAAAUUAUUUCAAACAAAAGAACGGCCUGAAAAAAUCAAGCUGCAGGCACAGAUAAGGAGAUCUGCACAGGGGGCCUUGCCUAAGACAUCCAACAGCCACACAGAUAUAAAAGCCUACAGAGAUGACUUGCCCAGAUAUGCAUGCAGUAGAAAAUUCCAUCCCCUAACACAUGCGCAGUAAAGGGAACAAAGCAAUACGGAGUAAAACUUUAGCUAAGGGCCCACACUCACACUAGAAGGAUGAGGUGGAGCUACCAGAAAUUCAUAUCUUAUGCAAAUGAGAUGCCCAGUCCUCACCAGUUUCUUAUAAAAGCCUUUGCAGUCACCUGUAAAAACAGCAACCCUCUUCCGGGUCCGCUCUCCACUGUGGAGAGCUUUCUUCCUUUGCUUAUUAAACUUUUGCUGCAACUUCA